AAGCCCCGCCUCCGGCGGCAUAAGGCGGCGCUGCGGUUGGCUGGCGGCGCUGCCGCUCAGAGCGGGGUCGGGGGUCAGAGUGCGCGGAGUUUCAGAUGCCUCUGGAUGUUCAAUGAUAGCACUCCUCCAUACUGGAGCAGCAAAGUUUCCCCAACACUUCCUUCCAAGGGCAAGACAAGCUGUGUGCCUGCUCCUCCCUGCUGCUCUUCUCAAAGGGUACGGCUCCGUCAUAAGCAGGAAACUGGCGUCCCACGGCUUCGGAGCUUCCAUGGCAGCAAUGUCAUCCUUCCCUCCACAGAGAUAUCACUACUUCUUAGUGCUGGAUUUUGAGGCCACAUGUGAUAAACCACAGAUUCAUCCUCAGGAGAUCAUCGAAUUCCCUAUCCUGAAGCUGAAUGGCAGGACGAUGGAAAUCGAAUCCACCUUUCACAUGUAUGUUCAGCCUGUGGUGCAUCCCCAGCUUACGCCCUUCUGUACAGAGCUGACUGGGAUUAUUCAAGGCAUGGUGGAUGGGCAGCCGAGCCUCCAGCAAGUGCUUGAGAGGGUCGACGAGUGGAUGGCGAAGGAAGGCCUCUUAGAUCCCAGCGUCAAGUCGAUUUUUGUGACCUGUGGAGACUGGGAUUUGAAAGUGAUGUUACCAGGACAAUGCCAGUACUUAGGGCUGCCGGUUGCUGAUUACUUCAAACAGUGGAUUAAUCUGAAAAAGGCAUACAGCUUUGCCAUGGGGAGUUGGCCAAAGAACGGGCUCUUAGACAUGAACAAAGGACUGAACCUACAGCACAUAGGGAGGCCUCACAGCGGGAUAGAUGACUGUAAGAACAUCGCCAACAUCAUGAAGACACUGGCCCAUAGAGGCUUCAUCUUCAAGCAGACCUCCAAACCCUUUUGAUCCCCAGGGCAGGCCAGGCAGGGCUGCAUGCGCCCGGCGCCGGCGAGGCGGGGAGGACGGGCUCUAGCAUUCAAACGGCAACCGAGGCCAGAGGAACCGACACAAAUCUCAAUUCAGCUGUUACUCCAGUAGAGGUUGUAUAUAUGGGAAGGCAAAUCUGUGUAGACCUGAUGUGACUCCCUCUCUGGGCUGCUCCGGACAUUAUGCCAUGCUAGCGGACAGCCGCGUAGGGCGCUUGCACCACAUUUUAGACUCGUAGUUUGUUCUUUUCUUUGGCUCCCGAUUUCCGUCCCUCCCUCCGCACCCCACCCCGUCCUCCCUCUCCCGCCCCGUAGCCACCGCGUCCCCGGCAUGGGCCGUCCCCGCCUUCCCUUCUUUCUUUUCGCUGGUUUUAUGUUUUCAGGCCUUGACGGCUGCUGCAGCGCGUGCCCGCACCGCGCUCAUAGAGACUCAGCAGUGUCGAGACGGCCCCCGCCCUCCCCGCCAGCCCCGGCCUCUCCCCGAGCGCCUUUUUCCCCUCUUUUUGAAUCGACACUAACCCCUCUCUGACUCCUGUAUGUGACAAACGCAAUCCGUCUCUUUAUGUUCAAGGUGAAGUGCCUGUAUUCUCCGCUGCAGAGCCCCUGGCAGCCCUGGUGCGGGCUGCAGGGCCCCGGAGGGCUCCCUUCAGUGGGGCAGGGGCCCGGCGGGCGGGUAGGCGGGCAGCAGGAGGGAGGUGAGAGCGCGCAGAGCCCCCGUCCCGUCCCGUCCCCGUCCUGUCUGCUCGUGCCUCUCGGGGAUGGGUGGGAUGCCCAGCCCUGCCCCAGCACCACCGACCCGUCCCAUCUCUGCCGGGGCCAGGUGUGCCGCAGCACCGCGUCCAUUGCCGGCGGUGGACGUGCCAGCGCGUGCUGGCCCCCGACCCACAGGUACCUGGAGCAGGGGAUCUGCAAAUCGGCCCAGGUCCCCCGGCCCGCUCCCCUCCCGCUCCCCCGGUUCCCAUGCUGAGGCUCAGCCCCCGCGUGCCCGCGGUCCCCGCACGCCCCGUGCCCCUCGCGGGCCCCCGCGGAUGCUCAGCAGCAGCUGGCUUGUUGCCUGAGAGAGUUGCCGAGCGCAUCCCCUCUGGCUGGGUGGGUUCGCAGUCGGGGGCGGCCAUGGGGCGGGCUGAGGGCGUGCAUCCCCCAGUGUCACCCAGUGUCACCCAGCCCCGGGGCCCUGCUGAAUGGAGCCCUCAUCCGGGUGCUGACCUGCAGGGAGGCUGCAGCCCCGGGCCCGUGCGUGCAUGGCCUGGAGCGAAGCCGGUGACGGCAGCCAGAAGGGCAAUACAGGCACUGAACUUGGCGGUACAUGACUGCAUGGUGUGUGGUGUUCCAGUUAAACCAACCGAUAAUGCAAACCCAGCAUUUUCAUUGUCUAGUUAUUCCAAUCCUUGCUGUAAAUGUGCCACAUGAAUAAAGUUUGGGGGUAAAGGA